GGAUAAAGCGGCCUUGGCCGCACCACCGACCGGCGACCACAAAGCCCAAGCCCGUAACCCCCUUCGAUACCGCCUCUCGCGGCACCGCCGCGCCGCCGCCGCAAACGAGGCUACGGAGGCCGAGGCCAUGGCGGCGAGCGAUGAUGGCCAGCUCAGGACGUGGGUCUCCGACCGCCUCAUGGCGCUCCUCGGAUACUCCCAGGGCCUCGUGGCGCGGCUUGUCGUCCGCCUCGCGCGGGAGUGCGCCUCCGCGGGUGACCUCGCGGCGCGGCUCGUCGACCUCGCCGGGUUCCCGCCUUCCCCCGACACCGCCGCGUUCGCCGAGGACGUGUACGGGAGGGUGCCCCGCAGUUGCGGCGGCGGCGGCGACGACGCCGGGGUCAGCGAGUACCAGAGGCAGAUGCAGGAGGCUGCGGCGAUGGCCAAGAAGCAGAGCACCAUCAAGCUGCUCGACGACGACGGCGAGAUCGGCGUUUCCGCGUCGCCCUCCAGCGGCGGCAGGAAGCGUUUCAGGAGGAAGGCCGUGGGCGAAGACGAUGACGAUGCCGGACGGAACGCGCGACGGCGGCGUAGCCCGGACGACGAGGAGGAGGACGGCGACGCCGGCGAGGAAGAAGAGAUGGAGCGGGAUCAGAUCGAGAGGGCGCAGCUCGAGCGGAACAUCAGGGAGCGCGACGCGGCGAGCACGAGGAGGCUGACGGAUCGGAAGACGACCAAGCGGGAGCAGGGCGAGCUCGCGCGCCGGUCGGACGCCAUGGACAAGAACGACACCUCGGGGCUCAGGAGGCUCUCCCGGCGCGCGUACCUGCAGAGGCGGAAGGAGAAGAAGGUCGAGGAGAUGCGCGACGAGAUCGUCGACCACGAGUUCCUCUUCCCCGGCGUCCAGCUGACGGCCGCCGAGGAGAGGGACAUGAGGCACAAGAAGCAAGUCUACGGCCUCGUGCACGAUCGCGACGACUACUACAGAAUGCCGGACGCCUACGACGCCGCCGCGAACGUCGAUCAGGAGAAGAGGUUCUCGGUGGCGCGGCGGCGGUACGAGGAGCCAGCUGAGGCGGCGAGGGACGGCAAGACGGCGAACGCCUUGUCCGAGCAGGAGGCCUGGGAGGAGCAGCAGAUACGGAAGUCGAGGCUGCAGUUCGGAUCCAUGGAUCGCGGCCGGCGCGGCGACGAGUACGAGCUCCUGUUCGACGACGGCGUCGAGUUCGUCAGGUCGACGGUGAUGGCGGGCACCGCGCCUGCAGACGACGACGACACGGCGGCGGCGGCGGCGGCCGACGAGUACCAUGCCGAGGCCAUGGAUGCCAAGGCCACGUUGCAAGACGAGAGGAAGACUCUCCCGGUGUACAAGCUCAAGGACGACCUGCUCAAGGCCAUCGACGAGCACAAGGUCCUGAUCGUCGUCGGCGAGACCGGCUCCGGCAAGACGACGCAGAUACCGCAGUACCUCCACGAGGUCGGGUACACGGCGGGGGGGAGGAAGAAGGUGGCGUGCACGCAGCCGCGGCGCGUGGCGGCGAUGAGCGUGGCGGCGAGGGUGGCGGAGGAGAUGGGCGUCAAGCUCGGGCACGAGGUCGGCUACUCCAUCCGGUUCGAGGACUGCACGUCGGAGAAGACGGUGAUCAAGUACAUGACCGACGGGAUGCUCCUCCGCGAGUUCCUCGGCGAGCCCGACCUGGGCAGCUACAGCGUCGUCGUCGUCGACGAGGCCCACGAGCGGACGCUCGCCACCGACAUCCUCUUCGGCCUCGUCAAGGACAUCGCCCGCCUCCGCCCUGACAUGAAGCUGCUCAUCUCCAGCGCGACGCUCAACGCCGACAAGUUCAGCGACUUCUUCGACGCGGCGCCCGUCUUCCGGAUCCCCGGGCGGCGGUUCGAGGUGGGCAUCCACUACACCGUGGCGCCGGAGGCGGACUACAUCGACGCCGCCGUCGUGACGGUGCUGCAGCUGCACGUCACGGAGCCCCCCGGCGGCGGCGACAUCCUGCUGUUCCUCACGGGGCAGGAGGAGAUCGAGACGGUGGAGGAGAUCCUGAGGCAUCGGCUGCGGGUGCUCGGCGGCAAGGUGGCGGAGCUGGUGAUCUGCCCCAUCUACGCCAACCUCCCCGCCGAGCUGCAGGCCAAGAUCUUCGAGCCGGCGCCGGCGGGCGCGCGCAAGGUGGUGCUCGCCACCAACAUCGCCGAGACGUCGCUGACCAUCGACGGGAUCAAGUACGUGGUCGACCCGGGGUUCUGCAAGGUGAAGUCGUACAACCCGCGCACCGGGAUGGAGUCGCUGUUGGUGGCGCCGGUGUCGAGGGCGUCGGCGGAGCAGCGCGCCGGCCGGUCGGGGCGCACCGGGCCGGGCGAGUGCUUCCGGCUCUACACGGAGUACAACUUCGUCAGCGACCUCGACGACGACGCGGUGCCGGAGAUCCAGCGGAGCAACCUCGCCAGCGUCGUGCUGGCGCUCAAGGCGCUCGGGAUCAACGACCUCGUCGGCUUCGACUUCAUGGACCCGCCGCCGGCGGAGUCGCUGCUCAGGGCGCUGGAGGAGCUCUUCGCCCUCGGCGCGCUCAACAGCCGCGGCGAGCUCACCAAGACCGGGAGGAGGAUGGCGGAGUUCCCCCUGGACCCCAUGCUCUCCAAGGCCAUCGUCGCGUCGGAGAGGUACGGGUGCUCCGAGGAGGUGAUCACCAUCGCGGCCAUGCUGUCCGCCGGGAACGCCGUCUUCUACCGCCCAAGGGACAAGCGGGUCCACGCCGACGCCGCACGGCGGGCGUUCCACGCCGGCAACGCCGGCGACCACGUCGCGCUGCUCAACGUGUACAACGCGUGGGCGGAGUCCGGCUACUCGCCGCAGUGGUGCCGCGAGAGCUUCGUGCAGCACCGCACCAUGCGGCGCGCGCGGGACGUGCGGGACCAGCUGGGGGCGCUGCUUGAGCGGGUGGAGAUCGCGCCGUGCUCCUCCGCCGGCGGCGGCGACCUCGACGCGGUCAGGAAGGCGGUCACGGCGGGCUACUUCCGCCACGCUGCGCGGCUGCAGAGGGACGGGUCGUACCGCGCCGUGAAGAGCCGGCAGACGGUGUUCGUCCACCCGAGCUCCGGGGUGGCGCAGGCGCCGCCGCGGUGGGCGUUGUACCACGAGCUGGUGCUCACGACCAAGGAGUACAUGAGGCAGGUGACGGAGCUCAAGCCGGAGUGGCUGGUGGAGAUCGCGCCGCACUACUACGAGCGCAAGGACGUCGACGAGCCUGAGCCCAAGAAGACGGCGGCGGCGACUACGCCGCAAGAGCAGACGACGGCCGGCUCUACACCAACGAAGCAGACUCCGAAUCUGAAUAGUUUCUUCGACGUGUAAAGAGUGCCAUUGGAACUUGUAAAUAGCUGUAAUUAUACCAAACUAACAAGUGAAAAGUUCAAGACAAUUUGUUUGUUGCUCAA